GGGCUAGCGACACGCCAGCCGCCUGCCUCCCCAUAUCUGCCGGAUUCGGAGAGUUUCGCCAAAAGCCAGGUCGCCGAGGCGCUAUUAAAAAAAGACCUGCGGAUUGAUCCGCGCGAUAUUUUUGGGUAAAUACAAUCACGUGAGCGCGGGGAGCCAAUGGCCGGCUGGGAACGGCUGAAAAAAUAAUUACCUGCCCUGAUUGUUCUAUGAGCAGAUAAAAAGUACACAUACAGUUCAUACAAUAAUCUUAUGAAUGUAAAAGAGGGGGGAAGGAUGUCCGCGUCGGGCCCCAUAAGCAACUAUUAUGUAGAUUCCUUGAUAAGUCAUGACAACGACGAGCUCCUGGCGUCCAGGUUCCCCGCCACGGGCUCGCACCCCGCGGCCGCCAGACCUUCGGGAUUGGUACCGGACUGUGCCGACUUUCCGUCCUGCAGUUUCGCCCCUAAGCCGGCCGUGUUCACUACUUCCUGGGCUCCCGUGCACUCUCAGUCGUCCGUGGUGUACCAUCCGUAUACGCACCAGCCGCACAUAGGGGCUGACACCAGGUAUAUGCGCACUUGGCUAGAGCCCAUCUCCGGCGCUGUGUCUUUCCCAGGCUUCCCACCCAGCAGCAGGCAUUACGGACUCAAGCCGGACGCUUUCCCCGGCCGGAGGGCGGAAUGUGGCCCGAUGGACGGGCGAGGUUAUCCGGAUUAUAUGUACGGAUCCCCGGGUGACCUGAGAGACAGAGCACCGCAGACAAUUCCAUCCCCGGAGUCCGAAGCCAUCGCCUCCAGCAAACACAAAGAAGAAAAGAACGAAUUAGACCCUAGUAAGUUGAAGUCAUUCUUGUUUACAACCGGGCAGGCAUUAUAGCCUCGAGUACAGUACUCAAUAAAAUGAAAUUACUUUAGAGCGCCGGCCCCUAAAUCUGCGAGGCUCCAGGAAGAGCUGGGUUUAAAAACAAAAUACAAGAAAAGAAAAAUAUAAAGAAAAAAAGAAAGACAGAAAGCAAGCCCUCUAGGAGAAGCUAAGACCGAGCCGUGAGCGUUUGGGUUAUUUUCUAACAGGAGAAGGGGGGAAGCUGUUGGU